AAAAUUUUUAUUGAUCUAUAAUUUACAUAUAAAUUAAAAAAGAAAAAAUACUAAAAUGUUCAACCAAAAUGGUCAUUUGAUUUUCAUUGAAAUAAUGAUAAUUACAUUGAUGUCAGUAUCUAUAUCAUAUCAACAUGGUAAAAUGAUGGAACCACCAGCCCGAAAUUCAGCAUGGCGUGCCGGUUUUCCAACACAUAUUGAUUAUAAUGAUAAUGAAUUAUUUUGUGGAGGUCUUACGACAAUGUGGCAAAAAAAUAAUGGUAAAUGUGGCAUUUGUGGUGAUUCGUAUUCAUUAAAACAACCAAGGCCAUAUGAAAGUGGUGGUAUUUAUGCAAAAAAUGUCAUUGUACGAAGUUAUCGUAUUGGAUCGAAAAUCGAGGUAAUAAUUUUUAUAUCGGCCAACCAUAAAGGUAACUUUUCAUUCAGCCUAUGUCCUCGCAAUGAUCCACAAAAAUUAGAAACGGAAAAAUGUUUCAUUCCAUUGAUGGUAAAUGGACAGAAAAAUUUUGAAUUACAAUCGAAUGUUUUUGGAAAUAUUUCUUUAUCAGUGACAUUACCAAAAAAUAUCGACUGUAAACAUUGUGUGUUACGAUGGCAUUGGCGUGGAGGUAAUAACUGGGGAAUGUGUCCAAAUGGUAAAGGUGCAAUUGGUUGUGGACCACAAGAAACAUUUCGUAAUUGUGCCGAUAUUGUUAUAAGAAAACAAAUGAAUAAUUCUAAAAAAACAAAAAAUACUACGAUAAACGAAAAUAUAAAUAUUAUCAAUUCUAAACGGAAGGAUAAAAAGAAAAAAACGGACAAAAAAAUUAUCAAUAUCAUCGAUAAUGAAAUAGAGAAUGAAAUAUCAAAUUCGUAUGAAAUCAAAAAUACGAAUGUAAAUCUUAUUUAUGAUGAAACUAUUCAUAAUUCGAUUGAUGAUAAUAAUGAUGAUGAUGGAGAAAUUUCUAAAAAAUGUUCUUGUACCUGUUCAGCUCCAGAAAAACCAUCAUCAAAUAUUUUACCAUCAAAAUCAUCACCAACAACUUCAUCAAGUUUUAUUCAAGAUAAUAAAUCGAUGACAACCAAUCAACCUGAACCAUAAUAUGGAUCAUCAAUAUUUUUGAAUUUUUUUCCAAAUGUUCUUUUUUUUUGAAGCCA